AGUUGCGCCAUCCUACUCUGACUUGACUACUCCUCUAUGACCGUCAUGAUAAACGGAGGAGGGAGAGGUACAGAGGGAGGUGAACAAUAUAAGCAGAAAGCAGUGGAUCAUCUCGUGAGAUUUGCGAUACCGACAGAUCAUAGUUCGGAGUUGGAGAUGGGAUUGCGUCAGCUGAUCAACAAGUCUCAUGAGAAAUCCGAAUGGUUCGUCUGCGAUCUGAGCAAGCAUGGAGAUGGUAAGCGUCGAUCCUUCCUCUGCCAUCCCCAUUUCAACUGCGGCUCGGGCGACUCGGAGAAUAAUAGUCUUGGAAAGACCGCUUACAGAUACCCAGGUUGCAAUGAAUAUUAUACCACACCUUCUGGAGAUCCUAUAGCCCAGUCGGCUCAAGCUGCGGAUAGCUCGACUUCUAGUCGUACUCCUCUCCUCGAACUUGAGUCUAUUCUGGAUCAGCUAUGUGCCAACUAUGUUCUUCAAUACCACGGGCCUUCUGCGGUGUCUUCUCUGUAUCUGGUGGAAACUCAACAUGGACUUUCGGGGAUAUUCCUAGUCCAUAAUGAAGAUCCUUCCGGGAAUCUAUGGAGGUCAGAGCAACGCAUUGAACUCACUGUGGCUGCAGGCAAACCAGACAUCCGAGUCGAUGGGCGAGUCGUUGCCCGCAUGACACACUCUCUGUCGGAUGAGGACGGGAAGGGAAGUUUUCGGAUAACAGCGGAAGCUAGGAGGAAGACUCGUAACGUGACCACCAACGGCACCUCAGUGGUUAGUCGUUCAGCGUCUUGGCUGUCCCCUACUCUAACGCAGGAGGCACAAGUGAAGGCGAUCGGCGAGUUGCUGGAGGAGAAUGAGAACUGCCUGAGACGUCAAUUAGAGGAUGUUUACUUACAGAAAAUCAAAGAGAUAGUCGACAACCUCCAUUCUAUUGAUGAGGCAUACGUCCCCAAGGAAACGGCAACGACAGUUCGUAAUGUUUGUCCGACUCCGGGUAUGGCGCCCCAUCCUCUUUUUGCUGGGGAACUUGCUAAUGUAUUGAAGUCAAGAAAGAGGAUAGAAUAAAUGGCUCUGGAUUUUUAUGGUUCAUGAUAGUUUCUAACAUGCCCA